AUGUCUACUUCCCUUGAUUUUGACACUGAGGAACCAUUGACUUCCACUGGCAGACCAUUAAGCAAUGCUACCAUUACGGUUCGAGUCAUCAAAUCCUUCCCUUACAGAAAUGUUAAGAACAUAAUCUUCCAAAACUAUGACCUACGUUCUAAAAGCCCCCAAGACCUAUUAAAGGAUUGUCAACAGAGAAUCAACUCUGAAGGUGCAUUCCGACCAUUUAGAAAUGUUCAAUUUGAUUCAUUCAAAAUUUAUACACAUGCUCAUGGUUACAAGACCAUUAAUUUAGUAAUUAAUUUUGACCAUGAUGAUGAUUGGAUUUUAGAUAUGACUGAUAAUGAGAAAAAAUUGUAUCAAUAUGGCAUUGAAAAUGAAACAGAAAUAUCGCUGUUCAAAUGGGAUGACUACGUAAAUUACAAGGCUAACCCAGAGGAAAAAUGGUGA